AUGAAUCCGGGUUUUUUGGCCACUAAACGGUUAGUAAUCCACCAAUUUAACACUAAACUCUAGGCCGCACUCGGGUCAACUAUAAUCGAGAGACGAUAAACAUUCAGGUCGUACGACGUGUUCGUCACAUCGUGCCUUGGGGUACAUUCUAGAACCAUCACAGACAAUCAUAAAGCGACCAGUAGCAUGUGCAGAGAAGAGCUUACCGAUAUUAACGAUAGCGAACGACUGCAAAGGCCAGAAGUGGGUAUCACAGUGUAUCUUUCAUUUUUCAGUAAACCUUUCGCAUUAUCCGUAAUUACUCGUGAUCGAACUGAAUGCAAGAGAUAUAGACGGAUUUCUAAGAAAUACUGGGACAAAAACAACACACAGACUAAUAGUUUAGUACAACUUCACCGCGUAUAAUCUCUUGUCAUUCCACCAUUUGCAUACAAGAAACGGUAGUCUAAAAUGUUUAUGGCAAAGUGGAACAAUGAUGGUUUAAAAACGGAACUUAGUGUCUUUCGCUCUCCUUUUCAUAGUUCUGAUCUGAGUGUGCAGUAAGCAGUGCCCUCAAAACGGGCUGUGUGGAAGAUGCGCUGGACAGACACAGAGAUCAUUUCGGAUUCUGGCAGGCGUAGGCGGAAUGUGCACCAUAACAAAUGUCAACAUUUCGGGGUGCGGUGGCAGACCAGCUGCCGGUAGAGGUUGCACACAUUGAGAACCCUGCCAUCCACAUUUGUGUCGGUUGAAACCCUGGUUAUCUUCUCUGUAGACCAACUGGUGUGGAGCGCCAUGGUGCGGACUCAGCCGUGCCAUCCACCUGCACCUUCCCUUGCCUCCGGUUUUCUUGAAGCUGUCUUGAAAACCGAUGCAGGUGAGGAGGAAAGAAAAGUGCAGCAGAUGCUGCGCGAGUCUGCUUCCGCUAUAAACUAAUUUACUUGCAAGUUUCCUUGCCACUUUCCCCUUGUUGUGACCCAUACUGUGGGCAUUAUCCGCAACGACGGUCGAACCGUCCCGCAAUAAGCUAUGAUUGAGUAUGUUAUUGAGGCGAACCAAAAUUUUCGAAAAUGUAAGGAGCAAAAUAAGCGUUUUCGUCAGACACUAUGUCAUGAGUUCAACUUUUUAAACUUGCUAAUUAACGAUCCAGGGAAAUUAUUGUUCUGGCAUGCUUCGAAAUUUGCGCAUUUUUCAGGUCAUUCGAAAGAAUCAAAGCUACAACGAUUACUGUCCAAGCCGACAAAUAAUAAUUAAAACAUAAAGAAAAUGUAAGAAAAUAUUGCCAAGACCAUGUUGCGUAAUCCCUUACGGAGGGAAAGUUUUUGAGUGUUUUUGUUUUAAUAACUUACGGUGCAUCCGCACACAUCCGGAUUGCGCGGUUCUCUCUUCUCCAUUUUGAAAGUUCCGCGACGGAAAGUGAGCGAAAUUCCAAUUUUCCCGCCACUUCAUUUAUUUUGAAAAUUCAUUCAGAUGCGUUUCAUAAUUUAGCUCCUUGAUUUUUCUUCUACUACAUAUAGACGGCUCCUUCACCCGUCUAGUUGCACGUGUCAGUUGAUCCGAAGUUGGUCUUUGAGUUCCCAUUUGUCCGACAAAUAGCGACCAUGGGAACUGCAAACCGGUACGCGCAGUUACACAAAUAGUUGACUUGGUUCAGUUUCUUUCUUGCCAAAUUCCUUCCUGCUACCUAGUUUCAUAGAUUCUGCGGUGUCCUGACAGAAAAUGCGUUAACUCGUAUUCCCAGUUCGGUCGGGUUUUGGAAUUCCGUCUUUUUUCCACGUAUGAGCUGUAGGGGCAUGAGACCGUUAAGUAUAAAGCGGAGGUAUGAUGUGCGUGAUCGGGAGUGCGUGGAAUCCUACCGUUUCUCAAGUGGGCGUCUUGUAGUGACAUGUCUACGCCAGUGUGGCACUCACCGGAGUGUUCUCGCUGACGAUCUUUAAAUGGGAUUAAGGGCGGUGUAUGGUAGGUCGGUUAGUAACAAGCAAGCCGCACUAACAAAGUCAGUCGCUCAGCUUGAAUUACUGAUUUACAUCUGACUUACGACCGGGUUGAACUGCGUUCGCCAAAACUCGGGGAAAACCGAGGACAGGAAAUUUCCCAUUGCUAUAUUCGCCGAAUUUCAGUAGGUCGCCGAUUACUUUUUAUCCAAGCAAUCGUGCAAGUCACCUCAAAAUCCUUAUAUUCUACCAGAUGGCGGCUGUGGUAAAUUUUACCAGGUCGAUCUGUUCCUGGUUUUUGCAAUAUUUAUGACUUCAGAUACUCACUUUCUUACUGUCUAUUGUCUGUAAUCAACACUUUGCGUAAGUGGAGUGCCCGAGCUAUCGGUCGUCCAGUAAACGUACUGGCCGACACGACUGUCGAUUCAGCUGUCAGUGAAAGCCUCCACAAGUCCAUCUUCUCACAGGACUGCACCACCGAAAGGCCGUCCAGAUGGUGAGAGAACUCCUUCCAUACCUUGACUUCGCUGAUGACGUUGUCUGCCAUGGAGAUCCUUUCUGUAAAUUCGGAAAGCCGACAUACCGUUGGACGGCUUCACAACUCAGUGUCUCACCCUCGAGGUGCUGGGAUAUGUUGUUUAUGCCGGUUUCGCUGUGCCACAGACGAACUAAAGCCGUGGAUAGAUAAGCCACCAUGCAUAACUCGUCUGCAAAAUAUCCCCCCCCCAUUUAGUCUGUCCCCGUGGCUAGUUGGAUUCCUGUGCUCAAGGCUACAAUCUAGACCCUCGUGCUUCGUGGUUGCAAAAUGUGACCAGUGUGCUGCAUGCUAGCCAAAGUUGCAGAUGCGGUAAGGUCAGACUCGGAAGGCAUGAUUGGCCAAACGAACUUCUGUGUUCGUGAAUGCGUCGACAGUUGAACAACGACCGCCUGGUGUUUAGCUGGCGACCGCAGGACAUGUGCCAGUAUUGAUGCUAUGUGGGACAACUGUCAGCUACUCUAGACCCUUUGCUUUGGCGGCAGUUAAGCUUUCGUUACAGUACUAUAACCAAUUUAUUCACGAAAUUUUGAUGAUAGUUCUGAGUGUCUUUAUUUCUACGUCACUGCCUUUUUGAAUCACAGACAUCAUGGAAUGCAAAGCAGAGCCGUUUUCGGGUGGACCCGGGGACUUUUUAGAUAUCCCUGCUGCAGAACAAGAAAUAACUGUCGGAUCAAAUGAACCUGCAACCUCGAACGUCAGCAGCUCUAUUGUACAGAAUGUCGUUUCAUUACCAUCUGAGGGCGUUUUUCAGACAGUUAGCCAUCCAGUCGUCAGGAUGGCGACACCGGGAGCAAUUCGAGCACCUCGAGUCAUCAUGGUGCAACGUACCGGUCAGCCAGUCGGAUCUACGACACCUGGUGCACCCACAGCCCAGGGCAUUCGGGUAAUUUGAGCAUUACUAAUUCGCAACCCUCCCGUCUUACGUCAACACAGAAUGCUUGCUUUUUACGUAUGAAGCUUUACCUCAUGACCAUGGCCGGUGUCAUGCUCCGUGACGUAUAAUUUAGUGAAGCUGUGCACACACAGUUAUUCCAUUGUUUGGCGCCAAAAGACAUGCAUGUAAACGGCCUUAUCGUGAGUCACAGAUUUGUCUUUUUGGGGCGGCGCCUACGAGCCUUGAUUUUCCAUACAUUUCUAGGACUUCCCAUCAACCUGAGACUUCAGUAGUUUCUGCUCUGCCAUCAUUUUUUUAGUCGCUCUCUAUUGCCCUUCUCUGAUACUCCUUUCCCUAACCGAAAAGACUGGUAUUUCCGUGGUCUUUCUCCGAUUGUAAUAUACGCGGGUGGCCUGAACAAGUCCCAGCCACAAGCUAGCAUGUUGGUGUGCAUAAAUUACCUUGUGAAUGUGUUCCAUGCCGAUGAUUUUCCAAAGCUCACCUAGGUUAUUUUUCCCUGUUGAUCAGAUUAUCCAUAUCUGGUUGUCUAUGAUAUUUGGGUAACAUCCCUGCUUAUGUUACGUUAUUCUUGUUCACUAUCUCAGCAAAUGUUUCCUAGGUACCCAAAUCAAAAGGCACGCCAACGUAAAUGAUAUCUUCUAAUAAUUAUGUAAUUUAGAGCGGCUUCUGCAAAGUACUGUCCGCGUACCUUUUAAGCCUGUGUACAGAUUAUCUCUAUGUACUUGGUCUUCACUUUUUGUUUCUACAGGCCGUGAAAAUAAUUACCGUCCCUGGACAAGGGGUUGGCGGAAAGGCCCUCAAAGCAGCAGGUAAUCUUUUCACUUUCUAUGGUUAGACCUUUGGUAACCCUGAACUCACAUGAGGGGCGCGACGAUGUUUGUCAGAAAUUUCAGUGAGGUAAAGUCAUGAAAUAAUUGAGCGAUCGAAGUGGUGCCCUUGCCAGCCUCUGCGCCCUAAUCCCCCACCGCAAUCUGUCCAGACUAGUGGGAGCCCUGUCACUCACUGACAGUCGGCGUUUUUAUGUCUUAGUAUUACAAUUUACACGUGAAGUUUCUACGUCCAUCUACUCCAGUCUAAUGAUGCAAGGUGGCUCUUCAGCGGUCCAUGCUAAAAGUGCGCUGAACCAUCACGGUGACCAGAUGGGGGCACGCGUUAAACCAACUGCGGAGAGUCCGCACAUCUCAUGACAAGUUUCACCCAAGGGAAGGAGGCCUAGGGGCAGCCCUCAUGUCGCGCCAGCCACUUGAGCCCAAACCCCACGUCGGUUAGCUGAUGGACGUGGACACUGGCCUGGUGCGCGGAGAGCGGCGAGAGCGUAAGGGAGUAUAUUCCCACAGCAGGCGCGCUUGAAUCAAGCACGACAACCUAAAUGCCAUGGCUUGAGAACCCGCAAACUGACCCGAUAAUUUGGUCCUCGUGGUCGGCACUAUGUGUGCAUUUGGGGUGACUGGCUCUCGAGGCCUGGGAGUCAGGCCUAAUGACCUCUUCCUGACGUGACUUGUAUGGGACACGAGUAGCCCACUUUAUUGCGGCACGUCCGCUGCACGCGUAGACGGAUUAUUUAGCUUUGCCAGCCACUGCACGCGAACCCGUCCUCGGCCGUCCCGACCCUGUAUUACCACCGGGCCCAGGUGGAUGAGGGUUGAGUGUGGCAGACGCUGCGCAAGUCUGCUGUCAUUAUGAACUUGUUCACGCGCAAGUCACUGUCCUGCACCCACCGGCGGUGGACAUCGUCGCAUGUGAAAGUCGUGAUGUCGUCAGGGCCUAAUUCACGAUGCUCCACAUAGCUAAGAACGUUAGCUCUCCCACCCACAAAUCACGGCACUGUGCUGGGAUCCGCCAGACAGCCAGUUAAUGUCUCCUCAGGAUACGCAAAAAUUCGACAUCGACUUUGAGAAUCCAGUUCAGGCGCCGGAAAAGCUCAUUCCAGGGCCUUGGAGACCAGCACAGUUUUGGAGAGGGCACGACAACGGUGACUUGCGCGUGAAAUUGUUUACUGCGAAGUGGACCUACGUAACAUCCACCUUUUUUCCUACAGCCACUUUGUUCCAAUGGCAAAACAGUCGGGGCAACUGCGGACGCACGCAAGCACGCUUUCUGACGAUGACGGAGCAAUGUCUGAGCCUAAUCAUAUAAACCAGUUUUAAACGAGGGAGCUCCCUAUCUCAUGUGACGGCACCACAGUAGAAAGAAGCUAUCGCAGACUGAUCAUCAGUCCUAAUCAAGGCUGUGUUAUUUCCUCGGUUGGCAUCCUUCCGAGCCACGACUGUUAGCGCGUUUGGUUGUUUGUGGUAGAGAAAGUAGACGCUUGAUCUGAGCUAGACCGUCCACAAUAUCUUAAUACCAGUGGCAAGUCGGGAUGAGGGCAAGUGGUGGUGUUAUUGGGAGCAGUGGCGUACGUGGUGUGCAACCUUCGUCCAAAAUGUGCCACGCGCAUGCAUCCAGACGUGGGAUUCGUUGCUCGUGGUUGCGGACGUUGUUGGACUUAAUCGCCUGAUCGUUAUGUGCUUGAUGCGCGACAUUUUGAUGCACGUAUGUCUAAAUAGGCCAAUCGGAUGCCAUGAUGUGUGAGGACCUGGCGGCUGUUAGUAGGGACCCCCUGCUAAUGAAACUGGCGGCUUUUGAUGUGUUCUGGCUCACUGAAUCUUUUACGAUGCAGUCUAACGCCUCCUAACAUAACCUUUUUGAUGCUUCCCCCCUCCCGCAUCGCAGUUAUACCCAUGCACAUGCUUCAACGAGGGGUCAAAGUGCUGACCAGUACUGGACAUCAGACCAUUGGUCCCGGUGGUGCUGUAAUAUCAACGGGUGGAGUGCAGCAGACGGCAGGAAUGCCCCGCUUUUUGGCCCUGCGACCUGCAGGACAGAUUGGUGCUGCUCCCGGUGGAAACAUUACCGUCUUGGGAAGCUCUGGUGCGCCCAUAAGACCAGUAAGCCGAACUGAUUUGCAGCCAUCUAAUAGCCACAGCAUUCCUUAACUAACGGAAUCCUAAGGAUGCUCUUUUUUCCCCCCUAUAGGGCACUUUGAUUCUCUCCGGCCCUCCUGGAGCAGGUAUGGCAACCCGGGUCGGUCCCAGCUUCGCUCUGCCUCCGACAGCUGUGUCCGGAGCGGGUGCUGCAGGUGAAGACAUUGAGAAUGCAAUGCUCUCCGGCGGUCCUGAAGCCGGAUUUCUUGCUGGCCAGGCUCCCGCCCCACAAGGCGGAUUUUUUGAGCUCUCCGCUAAUCAUCCACAUGCUCAGUUUGCACAUCCUGGCAGUCCCAGUGGCCGUGACUCGGACACUGAACAAGACCAGUAAGUUGAUUGUCCUGGCUGAUAUAUUGUCAAGAUCUUUAUCUUUGUUGUUACGACAGCUGACGCGUUGGCGGGCAGGCUGCUGUCUGUUUGAUUUUAACAUACAUCUAACCCGCAGUAUUUGUUUUUUUGGCUGUCGGCACAACUGACGACUAUUCAGCUACCGAACAUUAUUUGUUAAACAUGCUCUUAUAGUGUCUUCUGUACUUUUUUUUCUGUAAUUAUGCCCAUUUGCACAUUGAGGAAGUUCAAGUCGGCGAACGUACGUUUUUCGUCUAGUUAGAGCAGCGAAAUUCAAAAGUAAAACAACUUAUGAACAGUAGUCAUAACCUGGGGUAAAUGCGUUCAGACUUGUGGGGCAGCGGGGUAUUUAGUCUAGUUUCUGUCAGAGGUACGGGAAGGGAAAGAGGGAGAGAAGAGGUAGAGUACUCUGACUGAGUUGUGCUUAUGUUUCGUCGCUGUGACGCGACGUGCCAUGGUUCGGGUCUGAACUUUCAUGACAAAGCUUUGACCAGGGUAACAGGAGGGCUUUGAUGAAGGCCCUCUGCGAGCGCAAGGCUAGACUGGUCGAACAACAAGGCGCCUAUCCAAGCGGAUGCGAGAGCACCAUCCUGCCUGGCUAUAUCAAGGCGAGGGAAAGUCCACUUCUAGCGCCAUUGUGGCUCACUUGGUUGACAUCGGCCACCGGGCAAACAACCAAGCACUCCGUGUCAUCUGUAAAGUGUCGGCAAGACGGCCCAAGUCCCUAGGUCAACGAAUACUUGCGACAACGGAGGCGGUGGCCAUACGACUAUCGAAUCUAGCCUUGCGUUCGCAGAAGGCCUUCAUCAACGCCUUUCUAUUACCCUAAUCGAAGCUUAGUCGUGAAAGUUUCGAGCCGCACCAUGGCACGUCGCGCCACAGCGACGAAACAUAAGCACAACUCUGUCAGAGCGCCCUACAUCUCCUCUCCCUCUCCCUUCCCGUACCUCUGACAGAAACUAGACUAUAACUAUCCCACUGCCCCACAAAUCUGAACACAUUUACUCCAAGUUAUGACUACUGUUCAUAGGUUGUUUUAUCUCUCAAAUUUCGCUGCUCAAACGAGACCUAUAUUACUGUACUGGCCUGACGAAAAAUAAUCGAAAACGUACGUUCGCUGUCUUAAACUUCCUUAAUUUUUUUUCUUGAAUUGAAGCUCAAGUUAAUCCUCCAAUCGGUCGUCAAAGGUGCUAGUUAAUAAGGAUUAAAAAUAGUCAGAAUUCCCUGAUAAACGUGCAGGUAGUAUGAAUGAAUCAAUUUGUGUUCUCAGGUGCGAUUUCGUAAUUCGAGGGAAGCAUUUCAGCACUCGAGUUUGUGAGUCUGGUUGUGCAUACAUACGGCUACUGUUUCUUGUAAGUGGAGCAGAUCUGUGGGUAUCCCACCCUCGGCUGAGCAUGUUUUAGAGACGCAGAACAGUACCUAACCAACCGACUUCUCCCUCCAACCCCCAGUGUCGCGACGGGCCUCAAAACAAACGGCCUUCGACGCUAUGCUCGAUGCGUUUGCAACAAAGUCAAAGAAAAGGGAAUUACCUCCUACAGCGAAGUGGCGGACGAACUUGUGCAUGAGUACGCGGCGGAACAUCCGAUGAUCCCAUCAGAACAGGUAGGCUAAAGCCCCCAACGUUUUUAUGCUGAUUUUCGAUAUCAAGGAAUCUCGACGAUAGGGCAAUUUAUGAAAAUUACGGUGUUCUAUGAAGAAGGAGGGGUCUCAUAAACCAGGCGUAUUUGGGAUUUCGAAGGGCAUUUUGACGCGUGUAGGUCGAAAUACAUUGGAUCGAAAAAGGACGGGGAAACCAGAGUGGCAAUUUGGCCUCGUUGAUCAAUAAUAUCGGAUCGUGGGGAGUCCCAGGGAUUCCAGUUAGUUAGUUGCCCUCUAGGUCUCUGUGAUCUCACCCUGUCGUCUGUGGUAGCUCGUAUUCACAGAUUGGGACACCUGGGUCCUAUCAAAUUUAACCAAUGAGCUCAACACCAAUGUGUUUCACACAACCUACGCGUCCCGAAGACCAUUUACGAGCAUACCUUUGCUGUCUAUGAAUUCUUCUUAGGCCUAUACAUUGGUUUAUUUACUGGAUCAAUUAUUACAUGCCGACUGCUAGAGAAGUCGAGUCGCUUCCCUCGCUUCAAACAGGCAUAAAGCGGGAAUAGUGGGUGGGGGGCGGAACGUCAGUAUCACCUGCUCUCUGCACGACAACUUUGGUGAGCUAUUGACUCAGAGCCCUAAGACAGUUCCGUUCGUCAUUCAGGACGAAUCGGCGCCUGCUAUGCCCUGCAACACCAGUUCCAUUUCUUGGGUGAUAAGAAUCCUUCGCCGUCACCAGAACGCCAUUGCCCCAUUCAUAGAGUUAAUUUACCCACUGUAUAAUACAAGGAUACCAGUCUGUUAUCUUUUUGUGUUCCAGUGGCUUACCCCUGAUAGAAACGCCAUAAAGUAGGAUCUUAAUGAGCUGCGGUGCAGCGGACCAUGAUUAAAGCCAGGUCUUUAGUCUUGAAAAUCUUUAGGGUCCCAACCGAAGAGAGCCGCAGCUCCCGGCAUUGAUGGAUGUGUUUGCCAUACCAUAGUUAAUUUGAUGAAACAGAUCUUCCCGUCCAGCUAAUACCAAACCAUACAACACUUCACCCCGCCCUUUUCGCAGUUGCGUCAGACGGAUGAUAGUACUAUUUUGAAUCGGAAGGAUGCCGUGUGUCAGGGACGUGCUCCGAAAUAAAGCGGCAUACACGGUUGUAGGAGGCGUCUUGCCGCGCCAAACACUCACAAUGAAAGUGGUGGUUCAUGCUUCUCCCCACCUCUUCUGGUACCAAAAUUUAUUGACAGGUAGACGGGGCGGGAUGUAGGUGGAAGUGGCAAGGUCUGCUGUGUGGUCCUGAAGUGUUGUUGUCGGGGACCAAAACGUACCCACCAAGCUAUAUUUGCUUCUCACCUGAAGGUGAAUAUUCCUGUCAAAACUGAGCCUGCCGUUUAAUCGACUGAACCUUUUUCAUCCUUGCUUGCUCUAGGCCACAAUGCUUAAUGCUGGUUUCAUUUUUACCCUUAACUCUCCCCCGCCAGCUGCACUACAUCCAAAAGAACAUACGGCGACGCGUUUAUGAUGCUCUGAAUGUUCUCAUGGCGCUGAAUGUCCUACAGAAGGAAAAGAAGGAGAUUCGUUGGGUAGGCCUCCCCAUAAACAUGAUUGAGGAGUGCCGUCGGCUUGAAGAGGAGCGGGAGAAACGGCAGAUUUCUCUGCGAAAUAAGGUACAUUGACUGUCCUCUUUUGCAUUAUUCUGAUGUAACUUUUAUUUUACACAAUUAUCUGUCUUAGGGGAGGGAAGAGUGAAAUUACACUAGCACCACCAAAAACAAAAUACUUCACCAUUAUGACUUAAUUUUGGGAAAAAACGACAGUCUGAUUGGAAUUAGAGCCCACGACAGCAAUGGAAAGGUUAGAGUACAGCCGGGGGUCCAACCUCGUUGCUCAGGUGGUUAGAACGCUGACUGUACUUGAGAAUUGCUCUUGCUGUCUCGGUUUUAAAUUCAACCGAGGUCCCCCAGGUUUUAUCCUCAUGUGUCAAAACACAUUACCUUGAUUUUUUUCAAUAUGUUCAUGGCCUCAAAACGCAUAAAAAGCGGUUGUCGGCUUGCAGUGGACAGAUAUUGAUUUCAGACGGACUGAGUGGUCCGUCAGUUCAAAACGGCCAAUUUCUUGGCUACGAGUAAGCCGUGUCAACUGAACAUUCAUCAGAAGAAGGGACUUGUACAGUAGAUGUGCUAACUCAUGACAUGUCAACCAAAAUUUCGAAAUGCGUUCUCGUUUCGAAAAGAUAAAUUAAGUAGUGUUGUGAAACUAAUCAUAAUGAUCCAGUUACCUCAGGGUGUCGGCUUUCGAAAGAACUUAUUUUCAGCUACAUGCAAGAUCUAUACUCCGCAAAUAAUGACUACUUAUGUAGUAUGCAAUUUUCUCAUUGAUUUUCGAUGCUCUUGAAUAUUCAAUUAUAUUUCACAGAAAGCAUGCAUAAGAUUAUUCAUUUUUUUACUUAUUCGGUAGAAAAUCACAUCUUCUUCCAAUUUAAUACUCAAAAGAAGAAUAGAAUUCGGUUUUAAAAAAAGUUUCUAACUGAGAUUUUUUAAAUACCGUUAAAUGGCCGUUCAUGAAACGUCAUGUAUCUGCAUUUACAAAUAUGGCUUGUAAAGGUAACAAUAUUGCCCAAAUCCACUGCUUCAUUUUAUGAACCUCAUAUGGUCUCCUCUUAACACCGUAGAGAAAUGCAUGGUUUUCCGUAUACGGACAAUAUACGGCUAGUAGUUUUGGAACCCUGAAUGCAAGUGUAACAGCAGGUCGGGUUCGAAAUUAUUCGGGAAUUAGAAAAGUUUUUAAAAACCAGAUUAUGCUCUUCUUUUGAGUAUGAAAUUGGAAGAAGAUGUGAUUUUCUAUCGAAUAAGCAAAAAAUGAAUAUGUUUAUGCAUGCUUUCCAUGAAAUAUAAUUGAAUUUUCAAGGGCAUCGAAAAUCAAUGAGAAAAUUGCAUACAACAUAAGUAGUCAUUUUUUGCCUAGUAUAGAUCUUACAUGCAGCCGAAAAUAAGUUCUCUCGAAAGCCGACACCCUGAGGUAACUGGAUCAUUAUAGAUUUAUGCUGCAUCAUGAUUAGUUUUACAACACUACUUAAUUUAUCUUUUCGAAACGAGGACGCAUUUCGAAAUUUUGGUUGACAUUUCAUGAGUAAGCACAUCUACUGUAGUUUUUGAAAUACUGGCUAAUCAGGUUGCGCAAAACAAACUAACCGUUGUAUUUGCUUUCUUCCAAUUUGGACGAUUAGUCAGCAGGCUCCUAAACAGUCGAGCAUGCUAAUGGCCCCGGUUGGUACGGUAUUUGCGUUUGUAAUGCCGCCCACUUAAUUAUAUCCCACUCUCCAACUGGAGUGCUCAACCACCCGAACAUGAUUACAUCCGUUGCUUAUAAGACAGUCGCGUAAUAAAACUUAGCAACCAUUGGAUGCGGCAAUUGACCGCAUGCACCUGCUAACACCUUGUGGGGGAUAUGCAAAAUCUGAUUUUUUCCACAUCUCUGCUAGCUUGACCUUAGGGGGAAUUUGGAUUGCUUACGAUUGCUUGACCCCAGUCUAUCAUCACCAGCUGUAGGUUAGUUGUUAGGAUAUUAGUCCCUGAAAGCCGCCUGACCUGUCUCCACUAAUGUAUAAAACCAGUUUUUCUGACAGAGACCGGUGAUUUUCCCAGAAAACAAUGUAGAACCUCUCCGCAAAUGAUGUCUCAAAAUAGGCCACCGUUUGAUUUUCGCCAGCCUUCACAGAAAAGGGAUACUCCGUUCUUUUUGACCACAUGCCUACAUCAGAUGACUGACCGGCUUGGACAGUGGACUGGUGGCUGCUCACAGGACGGAGAGUCAGGCCGUCUUGGCACCUAUGACACUCCUACACUGUUAGGACCUAAGCCGUUCCUUGUUUGUUUGCCAAAACCUGGUAUGUCAUUCGCGGAGCGGGCGAGUGUGUGUUUGUGUGUGUGACACGCGCUGACGGGAUGGUCAGCUUUGUCAGCCAGGGCGCCCAAUUCUCCCCCCUCCGGCCGUGCUGAUUUUAUUUUUCCACCUGGCGACUCAGGUGAGUGGGGGUGUGACAGGUGCUGUGUGAGCUUACCAUCACUAUAACCUCGCGCACUUCACUGCGGACGGAAAAUUUCCCUACGGGUCAAGUUUAACGCACAAAAAGGAUCUGUUGAAAUCAUGUUAGUAGUAUAUUUAUAGUCACUUCAGUAAUCCGCUAGAUCAAGCUUCGGCAGUCCGGGUUGCCUUCCGAUUCUCCCAGGUCGUAUGUCCUUGUGCUGUUUUAUGAAUGUUCAACAAUCUAGACUGCUAUUUUUGAAUUCCUUUCGUUAGACUGCAGAAAUCCAAGAGCUCAUCCUUCAACUGAUCGCUUUCAAAAACCUCGUUGUUCGGAAUCGUAUCAAUGAGCGCUACAAGCGACAGCGACAGGCACAACGCGAAGCUGCCGCACUCAGCACCGCCUCCGGUGCCGCCGACACUGAACACCAUACCGAUGUGGGUGGUGCCACGGGCAAGCCAAGCACUACAAUGGAGAUGACGGUGGCCGCUCUCACUCCUCAGAAACUCGACAACAUCCCACUGCCCUUCAUGAUUGUAUCAACCAAUCGGAAGGCGGUGAUCGACUGCAAUAUAUCCAGCGACAAGUAAACACCUCGUCACUAAUGUUUCCCUCCCCACUCCACCUCCCCCCCGUAGUUUUGUCUUCAUUCUGACAUGAUCGCGCUUAUCCUGAUGUACGUUUCAUUCCACCUCCUGCAGACUUGAAUACCUGUUCAAUUUCGACCAAGCCUUCGAGAUUCGCGAUGAAGUCGACACACUGAAGAGAAUGGGCCUUACUCUUCGCCUCGGAAGCGCCCAGUGCACACAGGAGGAGUACAAUCAGUGCCUUGAACUCAUUCCCCCUUCUCUACGCUUUUACGUCGAGGGUAAGUUAGUAAAUCCUCCACUGGUACUUCAACAACGCUCUUCAGACACACUAAGCGCUGGUAUAGGGGGCUCACCGAUAUUCUUUUACGGAGCUCACUCGUUCCGUUGUGCCUUAAGGGCUCUCUGUCGAGCCCAACCAGCAGCCGCACAGCGGCGCAUGAUAUGUAGGCAGAAUGGUAUUACCGCCAAAAACAAGGGAGACUGGAAUGGCCAUUUCUGGCUUAUUGACCGUCCUCAGCCAGCCAUACCCAACUCCGAAGUGUGGAACACCCGAGUCUCGAACUCGCGACCUGUUAGCUAGAAGACUAAUGCCUCUAACCACUGGACCACGGACUCGUUGUCCUGUCGGUUUUGAUCGGGAAUAUACAAUGGUAGAAGGGCGCUCACCGAUCGUACUUACGGAACGCACUCUUUCCGUAAGAACGGUCGCUGAGCGCCCUGCUUGCUACCGGCGACAACUAGCGUUGCGUCAUAGGACACAUACCACAUAUAAUACAUAAGCAUCUCGUUAAGUGUGCAGCAGGCCAGACGCAGACCGCUGUUUCACGGUCGCUACCAAUCAUCAGUACGUCAUAGGCCGUAUGAAGUGAGGUACAGGUAUACAGGUGAGCCUCCAGGAACUGCCUGGAUUGUUUUUCUUCGAGGUUGACCGCUCCAACGAUGCAAUUACAUAGAAACCAACUACAAGGGAGCGACGGCAAGAAAACCUAUUUAUGGGCGGUUCACGGUCGUGGUUUCACAAUGCACUCAUCAGAUUUUACAGCAUUUCACAGGAUGGUCGGUCUGUUAGCCCUCAGGUCUCUGCAGCCUGGUUGCACUACCACUGCUGUUCCGCGGCUGUUCAUACAGACUCGAAGGCUGUUUAUCUCGCAGCCAACCUUCCCAGAAGGCCGUUCCACCGUUUGCAGCCACGGCAUCACUGGGAAAAUUAUUUGUCCGACCUGUUAGCCAACUCCGAUUGGGCAUAUUUCACAAUAUUUGAUUUCUCGAUUCUAACUAAUUGUGCAAGGCUCUCCUUGGGUGUGUUGCCGAUCAAGAAUAGCCACGAAACAUCCUCAUGCAUCCUCUACGCUGGCGUAGUAUUUUAAGCCCCCUCCCCUCUCGAAAAUACUCGUAGCGUCAUAACGUUGUCCGUGUAACUCCUCUACAUCCUUGUCACAAAAUGCUCCUUUUCCGCUUUCCAGCUAUAUAUGAACGCCGCCAGGCUAUAGUGCCAGACUUUGAGGCUUUACAUCAGCAACGCCGUCUCUUCAUUGAGGCCAGAAUCGCCGAGGCAGCGGCUGCAGGAACCGCCAGUGACCUCUCGCAUCCAGGCGAUGACAGCCAAGCCCGAUCUGAUCACCUUGGAAGCGGUACUCAGUCUCGACGCCUGCAGUCCGGCUCGCCCUCGGCCAACGGUGGUCACUUUGGUUUCUUCGACAGUGGCGUCAACGAUGACUCGAGCGUUCGCCAGAUUCAGAUCCAACGCGGUGUCCCCACCGACUUGGUGCCGGGCGACACCCAACACUACGCCCGAACCGCUGCAGCCCGAGGCUUUGUGGUUCCAGGCGGUCCCGAUGGCCUUCUUCGACAUCGCGGCACCCCCUCAGCUCCCAGCCAGUUCCGCAGUCAGGCUGGCAGUAUACAUAGACAGGCAGUUAAGAUGACCGUGGAGGGCUCCGCCGGUGCUGGCACUGGCGGAGUGCUGGGCGACGCUGAGAAUGUGUCGGCUACGGCGGCCAUCAGCGGUGACCUGCGCGGCGGACCCAGGCACAUGCGUAUGGGCAGAGGCCUGCUGGACGAGGAAGACGACGCACCCGAGGAUGACGAAGACAUGGAUAUGGGCGACGACGACGAUGAUGAAGAUGAGGAUGAGGAUGACGAUGACAUGGAGGAUGUGCAGGAUGUUCUCAAACACUCACCUUAG